AUGCACAAAGGAAAAGCACCGAUAGCGAAUCAAAGAGCAUCUCUUUGGGGAAGAAAUCUUCUUCAAGAGCAUUUCGUUAGAGUUGGUUACACGAUCCAUAAGCACUCCGGCAAAAUUCUUUUCGUAGGUCUUCUUGCCGUAGCAUUACUAUGUCUUGCUUUCAAAUCAGCCCAAUACGAAUAUAACUUGGAAAAGCUUUGGCUUUCAUCGAACCCGAUUUGGAAAAACUGGACUGAAACUGAAGGUAACUUUGAGGAAAAUCUGAAACAUAGUCAAGCACGCAUUGGGCUUUACUCUGCAGGUAACGAACAGCUCGUUAUUCAAACUGAAAGGUCUGGAGCUAACAUACUAAAUGAAGAAGCUCUUCUCGUUCACUACAAGCUAUUGCGGAGGGCUCUUGAGGUCGAAGUCGAACUCUUCGACCAGCAAUGGAGUUUACGAGAUAUCUGCUUGACAUUGAGUGUCUCAAACUUGGGUCGCCACGAGCUCAAUCAAAAAGUUAUGGAGGUUAUGCCCUGCUUAAUAGUGACACCUCUUACUUGCUUCUGGGAAGGAUCUACACUUAAUGUAGGCAAACCGAGUAGCGUUGUGUUGGCCCUCACUAGUCUCCUGAAUUUUACAAAGCAACACGUGAAUCAUAGCAACAAACCCGUAAAUCUUUUAGAAAGCUUUAUGUCAAGAUCUGGAAUUACACCAUACGAGGAGAAGCCCUGCCUAGAUCCCUAUAACAGGCAGUGUCCGGAUGCCGCUCCAAACAAGCGAUCGCGAACCAUUCCAGAUAUCGGCAUGACACUAACAGGAGGUUGUUAUGAUUUUGCUAGAAAUCUCUUGCAUUGGUCGGAGAAUCUCACCAUCGGAGGUAUCGAAAGAGAUUCCUCUGACACCGUGGUACGUGCUACAGCACUACAGAGCAGCGUUCAGAUCAUGGACGACGAGGCUGUUUUUGAAGCUCAUAUGGGGGCGCCCUACAUGUACGGCGUUGACUGGACUAUCGAAAAGGCGCAUAAAGUUGUCGAAACUUGGCAGAAGAGGUUUGCACAAGAAAUGAGGCACCUCUCUGCGACAAAACAUUAUGCUCAGAAGUACAGCGUCAUAACAUUUACAUCUAAUAGUCUUGAGCAAGUUAUACGUGAGUCCACGCCACCGAACCUAAGUAACUUUUCUAUCGGAGUCAGCGUUUUGCUUGCAGUCCAAUGCGUUCCCUUAGUCCUUCUGAACGGCCGAGUAUCGUCACAGCUCUACAUCGCUUUCAUCGGCAUGUUCAUACAUGGACUUAGCACUUCUGCCGGUUUCGGCCUAUGUGCUGGCUUAUUUGCCUUCAACGUGACAACCCUACACGUUUUGCCAGUUUUAUCCCUUGUCUUUGGAGGAAACUGUAUGUUCAUAGUGGCACAUGGACUAAACAAAGUGAUGUCUGACAGUACAACGACCAGGAAUAAGCACAUAGCCGAAUGCUUGAAGCUGACUGGUGCACCAGUUGCUCUCUCGAGCAUAGUCAUGGUUCUAGCCUUCACGGCAGGCUCUAUUAUACCGAUACCAGCUUUGCACGACUUUGCCGUACAAGGCGCGAUCGUUCACGCGUGUUCAGCAAUAGGAACUCUCUAUCUAUUCCCGGCAGCGUGCAACAAGGUACUUUGCCGACUGCCCAUGGCAACACGCGAUGCCGAGAGUAAAUGCGGCGAAUCCAUAUUUGUUGGCACAGAAUUGGGCUGGUAUGCAUCGCUAAUUAACCAUUCGUUCUUUCAAAGCUUGGUUAUUCUUUCAUUCUUAUGCCUUAGCGCUUUUGGCUUCUGGGGGAGUGCACGCGUCGAGUAUGGCUCAAUUCUCCCCGACGUUAUUCCUGCAGACACGACUGAAUAUGAAUUUCUUCGCCUUCAGGAUCGCUACUUCGCAACAUUUCGUAUCUUCGCUAAUGCCAAGUACUGGGCACAGUAUCAUGUAGAUCUGCAACACUGUUUAGAAUUAGCAACAACGAUCAUUUUAACGGCGGCAUUUAUCAUGGUGUAUUUAGCGCUUCGCAAUUUUCGGGCCGCCAUACUUAUUUUGUUUGUGCUCAGCUUUAGUAUGGUAUCAACAUACGGCGUUCUGCAUACGCUGGGCAUGACGCUUGAUGGAAUAUCUGCUAUUUUGAUCGUGAUCAGUGUUGGAUUAGGAGUAGACUCAAUGGUCUGUUUUACCUCAGAAUUCUUAAGAUCCGCCGGUGUCAAAGAGGCUCGCGUGUGUGUGGCUCUUAACAAUAUCGGCGUUCCUAUGGUCUACACCACAAUGAUGAGGCUGGUGGGUGUUUCAAUAUUGGUAUACCUGGGCUCACAAUUUGGUUUCAUCGUGACCCAUUUCUUCUACUUCCUGUCGGCGGUAUGGGCCAUUUAUGCCUAUAACAGUUUAGUUGCUCUGCCUGUUCUUCUUAGCUACGUGGGACCUUCCUGCGAAUUGGCUCCUGAGAACGAUCCGGUUGAAGGCAUUCGUGUCACGUCACCACAGCUACCAACAAUUGGGGUGCAUAGUGCCUUGUCAGAUAUUGUUAUUACGCACAGUUACCAGCGUAGAGGCUCGUUAUCCACUAUCAGGGAAGAGGAUUCCAUGUGUAUGACUCCAGAGUUAAUGUCAAUCGAGCCUUCAUCGACUUCAGUCGCGUCUGAAUUUCGAAUUUCUAUUGAGAUUAUCAAUACUGCAGAUAAUUCUAUAAAUGGACAGGACAUUUCUACGAAAUUGUUUGCGAAUAAAGGUUCAAACGACAGGUAA